AGCAGGAAGAACCAGUGCUUCCAGUCACCUGUCAGGUGAUGCUCYGCCACAUUUUUUACCUUCAUUCAGGAGAGGAGCCUUCAGAGCAGCUGUGAGACGACCAGCGUCCAACAACAGGUCCUGUCUGAGACACACACAGGCUCCAUCAUGGCGCACAGAAUGACGGUGACACAGCCUCAGCCGGUGAUGGAGGUCCGCUCCUCUCAGGAGUGGAGCUCAGGAAUCUGUGACUGCUGCAGUGAUCUACGGUCAUGUUGUUUUGCCUUUUGGUGCUGCCCCUGCUUCGCCUGUCAGACCUCCAAAAGGUUCGGGGAACACCUCUGCGCCCCUCUGCUGGAGAUCUUUGGAUUCUGUGUCCCACCAAUCACCAUGUCCAUGAGGGUCGCCAUGAGACACCGCUACGGCAUCAAAGGCACGCUUCCUGUGGACUGUGCUUACGCCACCUUCUGCACCRUCUGCACCUGGUGCCAGAUGUCCAGGGAGAUGGACAAGAGGAACAUCCAGAUCGUCCUGGUCAACGCCAAAAACACAUGAUGCAUCUGUCACAGCUGUGAACCUGAGCAGAACGUGCAGCUGUCAGGAUAAAUGGGUUGAGUUUGAAAGUAUGAAACACUCCUGAAACACAAGGGAGUGUUGAUUUGAACAAAAAACAAUGAAGAAUAUUUUAUAUCAUGAGAUUUAUAUAAAUAUAUCAGAGUAACUCUCAAUUUAUUAUUUGAUGUAUAAUAAAUCAAACACAACACACUGAUUGUUGCUACUUUUAAAUAUUUACAUUGAAAGUAGAGUAAAUACUGAGUUAUAUAUAAUUUAGCUUAAAAAACAAAAGUUUAAAUCAGUUUUAUUUUAAUUUCUUUACUCUGUUCUCACAGGAACUCAGUCAAUAAUUUAUUCAUGUGUGUAAAACCUGUAAAACAGGACUGAGCCAGCAGAGGGCGACAGAGGCUUCACAAUAAGUUUAGAGUUCACAGAGGACAUGUCCAACAUGUCCAACAUGUCCAACAUGUCCAAC